AUGUGCGGCCAUGUCAACGAAAGACGGGUGGGGAAAGAAGAGGAUACUUACCAUUCCAGGCCACUGAUAUUACUCGGCUCUUCUCACUUGGCCAAUCUGCUAGUGCCUGUCUCAGCCCUCCAUCCCCCUGCUCAAUGA